CCUCUUCAACCACCACCCUUUGCUCCCCACCAAUACACCUAACUCUCCACACUUCAUUUUUUUUUUAUUUCUCCACCACUACAUUACAUAUUCAGCACUACAUCUUGCAGAUUCCUCAUUAAGAAAUCCUCUCUCUCUAAUCUUCUAAAUUACCAUUUUCUUUCCUCCUACUCCUCACGGGUCCUUCAAAGAAAUUAUCAAGUUUGUUUCAAGUUCCAAAUCAAGAAGAAUCGAACUAUUGCCAACACCACCCCUCAUAUCAAGAAUGCCUCCCAGAAGAGCCCCAAGAAACAAUGUGGGAACCGCAAACGAACCCCCACGAAGGGUUGAGGAACUUUUUCUUAAACAGAGCCCGCCAACAUUCAACGGGACCGGCAACCCGACUGAUGCCGAAAUCUGGAUUAGAGCAAUGGAAAGGAUUUUCGACUUUCUUUACUGUUCUGACCAAGAGAGACUCUCUUGUGUUGCAUUCCAACUAACUGGGUCGGCAGAUUUUUGGUGGGAAACCAAGAAGAGGGCAAUGACCCUCGAACAAUUGGAAAACCUGACUUGGGAAGACUUCAAGACGGAGAUCUACGAUAAAUACAUUCCCAAGAGCUACAGAAAGAAGAAAGAGACGGAGUUUUUCAAUCUGAAACAAAACAAGAUGUCCGUGACGGAAUACGAUCGCGCUUUCUGCGACAUGUCUCGCUAUGCCCCUCAUCUGAUCGACACUGAUGAAAAGAUGGCCGAGAAGUUUCGUUCAGGCCUUAGGCAUGAGAUCAAGAUGGCGCUUGCUGGUCAUGGUAAUCUCACCCACUCUGAGGCACUUAGCAGAGCCCUGGAUGUUGAAGCAGCCAUGCCUGAAGACCGCCCAACCCAGACUCAAGCUUCGGGAAACAACGAUCGUGGGAAGAGAAAAUGGGAUGGCAACAACAACAAUAAUAGGGGUUACUACAACAACCAAGAUAACAAGAGGCCAUGGCAAGGAAACAUGAUGCAACAAGGGCAAUGGCAAGGACGACCAGUCAAUCCAGGAUCAGCUGGAAACAAUCAGGGCCAGCUCAGGGCACCUUUGUGUCCCAAAUGCUCCAAGUCACAUCACGGCAUAUGCUUAGCUGGCAGCAAUACCUGCUUUAAGUGUGGCCAGAAGGGCCAUUUUGCCAGAGACUGCCAAGGAAAACCACAAGGAGGAAUGAGAGGGCCGAAUCAGCCGGGCCAAGUACAACCACUCAGGGCUAUCCAAGGCCAACAGUUACUCUACCCACCACCACAGCAGCAGUAUCGACCUGCGGCACGUCCACCGCAAAUUCCACAGGCAAGAGCCUAUGCCUUGCACAAGAAUAAACAAGGAAACAACCAAGGGAAUUUGGCAGGAGGAACAGAGUGCCGACUAUUUCAGCUUUACAGGCAAGGAAGAUGA